GCUUUAUUUAAACAGUGUUGAAAUAAAAUGCAAUAAGUGGAUCAUUUUUAAAAUCUCAAUAUAAUAAUACAAAGUGUAAACUUGGACUUUUUACAGUUUGCACUCUUGCUAUAACAGUCAUUAACAUUAAAAUCUGAAUAUGCAUUCAACAUUUGAUUUGACACACCAAGACCAAAGAAGACCAAAUGCCAUUUUUAAUGCAAAUAUGGUGAUGUCAUGUGAUGCAAGUCAAUAAGAGAACUUUAAUAUUAUAUGUCUUAAGUCUAAUGUUUAAAAAAAAAAAAAAAAGUGAAAAAGUAAAUUUUGAAAGUACAAUGUUGUGACUUUGUAUGUUUAGGCUGAAUUUACUGAAAUUAAAUACCUCUGGUUAGGGGUUUAAAACAAACUCUAACCACAGUGUUUUAGGAAUAUCAACACAGCGGCGCAUUGCAAGCACUCUAAUUAGGAAAUAAAUGAAAUGGUACGAUUUUGGCAGGACUUUGUUUACAUCAAGCAUAGACCGAUAACCAAGCUAAAGGUAAAUGUCCACAAUGGACAGGGGGUGGAGCUCGUGUGUGGAUAUAAGGAGGGGGAGGUAACUGAGGGAUGAAGUACAUGCCAUCCGCCCUCACAAUGCCCCCACCGUACACCCUCCUCCCUCUCCUCUAGUCAGCCACCCCUUUCUCCAGCUCUCCAGCAGUACACCAAACUCAUCUCUAAUGCCACAGUGCUGCUCUCACUGUCAGACACGCUCAUCUUGUGGAGUGGAAACAAACACUGUGUCUGUUGAAUUCAGUUCAGUUGUCAGAGCUGCUUCAUUACGUGGCGCACCAGGUAGCAGCUGCCAAAGGCUUCUAAUCCUCUGGUGUGGAAAGGAUCAGGGAGAAGGUGGCGUGUACUCUCGGCGAGAGCACAGGACACGUUGGACAGGUACCUGACUCUGGAAUCGUAAUCUCCAUCUGUAAUGAGGCGUGGGGCUGAUGUCAAGUAUUUGAAAACUCGGCUUUGGGUGACAGCAGCAAAAGUGAUGGAAUACAGAUUUGGACGUGUUCACGCAGAAGGACAGAUCUGGCUUCACGGCAACAUGUAUGCGCCUCUCUCAGAGAGAGCAUGAUGGGAUUUUGGCUUCUGUAGGGACUUGCAGACAGCAACGCAGCUUUUCCUCGCAUUUAUGAAUCAUUACAGAGGAAUCUGUUGGAUAAACAUCUUUUUGAAGCUGUUUUCGAAGUGAUUACUUCUUUCGGAGUUGUGUAUAUAAAGGAUGUAAGACAAGAACCUGCACAGUAAACAUUUAAAGAACUGCACAUGAACAGCUCCUUUUGUAAACAGGUGAACAAGCGCUUCCAAAUUCUUCAAAUCUAUAUAUGUAUUUCGUGUGAGUAAUAGUUUGCAGGUGUUUUGAGUGACGGAUGGUUGGCAUAUCCUUUAAUUACUCGUUUUUGUGUGGAAGUGUAAUGUUGGCUGGGAGAGCAGCUAAUGGGUUUCUAUUCGCAGCGCUCAUUAUUUGAGGCUGGUUACUCAUCACAGUACAGAUUCUGAGGACAUUCUUCCAUAUUUUCUUUUUUUUCCCCCAAUUUAUGCAAAUAAGAAAGUGAAAUAUGACAACUCAUAACUAAAAAAAAACUGAUUUUUGCAGAUUGGCUUACAUAUUGACCAAAACACAGUUCAAGAGUUGCACUCAUUAUUUAAGGCUGGUUACAACACAGAUUGUGAAGACAUUUCUCCAAAGUUUAAUAGCCUGCAUAUGGCUUAAAGCAGAAUGACGAUAUACAGAUAUUUUUUACACCCUCGGCAUCCCUGGAUUUCUAGAGGAUCCCUUAAGUGAGGAACGUAGUGCGUAUCCUGGACGAGCCCCUGAUUUUUCAUAAACCCUGCGCAGGAUUCGUCCAUAUUAUAAAGAGAGAAACUAAAACACUAUUCUAAAGAGAAAGGGUUGGAAUAUUGAUCAAUGCCAUUUUUACCCAGAGGUCAGCUGAACAGACACGCUGUGGAGUCUGGAUAAGCCGGGCAGACGGGGCCCAAUGCUUCUCCUCAUUCUAAGAUGAAGUUAUGGAAGUUUGCUGCCAUCGGCCUGAUUCUCUGUGGUGCUACACUCCCCCUGAUUGUCCUUAAAACCAGUCCCUCCUCCAGAGCCCUGCCCCCUCCUCCCCACCACAGAGCUUCAUCCUCAUCAUUUUCACCACCAUCAUCUUCAUUUACACCCAGUAAUUCGUCACCUUCCAUUGGGGUAGGUGGGCGACAACGGAGGAUCAGAUCAGCUGACGGAGGAAACUCUUUUGUCUCAGAAUUCAUGGAGAUGUUCCAGAGUUUCACAGAGGGCGAGCUGAAGCAGGUCAUUGGGACACUGGUGGAAAGGAAAGCCCGUAGAGAUUCCCAGCAGAGCAAAAGGACUAAACGGGCUAAAAAGAGAGCCAAACCCUGCUCGCUGCAGGAUGUGGAGGUGACGGUCAGUCAGCUGGGGUUGGGCUACGUCAGUGACGAGACUAUAGUCUUCCAUUACUGCAGCGGAAAGUGCACCACUAGUCGCAAAAACUAUGACCUGACGCUGGCGUUCAUGAAGCGCUCACGGCUGCUCACAAAAGAACAGAAGGACAAGGCUCGCCACAGCCCCUGCUGUCGGCCCACCGCGUAUGAGAAGGACAUCUCCUUCCUCGAUAACUUCAGUCAAUACCACACAAUCCAAGAGUUUUCGGCCCAAGCAUGUGGGUGCGUCUGACUUUGAGGGUCAAAGCUCAUCUGAGCACUCAAAACAUUUAGGAAACAUCACGUUUUAAUCUCUCAAGACAAAUUUAAAUGGAAAAAAUACAGACUCUUAAUUCUGAGAAGAACAUCUUUGUCUUGGGCUUAAAGCAUACGAGAGCGUAUGUCUUACAUUGCCUUUACGAAAAAUACUUGGCUGACAGAUUCUCCUCAGAAACUUCUGCCAGUCCUGAUGAAGAGAAAUAGGAAACAUAUCAUGCAAACAGUAAUUAUUCCCAUGUUUAGUCGUUGCUAAUGAGAUGCUGCUGUAUGUCUUGUUUAUAUUGCCUUCAUGGGUCUAUGUCAAAUAGCUUGAAAUGCUGAGUGAAUGUUGAGCUCAGAGUUUAAACGCAGAACACCUCUAGAAAAUGAAUUCAGGGCUUCAGUAAACAAAGCAAAAUACACAAAGGCACACCCAGUGCUGAACAAAACUUUCUCGUUGUGCUGAGAAAGGAAUGGAACUGGCAUGUAAAUGAUCCCAGCAAUUCUGAAAGGUCUCAGUUCUGAGUGUCUGGUAUUUCAAAGUCAAAACAUUCCCACAAAUCAAGUUCAAACGAACAUAUUAAAUAUACUAAACAUCUACCUCAGCUUGUAGUCGACGUGGCUCCGUAAAAGAAUACCCAGUAUUUCAUUAAAAUAUUUAAAUGCAUUAAAUAGUAGCCUAUAAUAAUUAAAACAAUAUUUAUAAAGGAAUCAAAAAAGAAUACUAACAGUGUAUUAAAGGCUGGAAUACACACAACUUUUAAAAUGUGAACAGAUUUUAAAUUGCCACACUUGCCAACUUUUGUACAUAGUUACAGAGAAAAACUGGGAUAUAUCACUUCACAGCUGUAUACUACCGGACUUUCAAGUCAUUCUGAACACAACAAACUCAAGGAGACAAAUAAAACAAUAUGCAUACUUCCCUAAUAUACAGUUGGCGAAAAACCAUAUGAGUAGUAUGUCCGAAUUCACAGUAUUCAUGAAAGGUGAAAAGUACACGGAUGACUUACUACUUCCGGCGAGAUUCUGAAGUGUGCAUUUGAUGGACACUUUACUAUCCCGUGAAGCCACGGGAGAGGAUUUGUGAAUGGCAGUGAAGCGACGCAACUGACGCAGGUCACAUGACAGUGACAACGUUGAGGAUGUUCAUACUAUAUAGAACAUACUUUUUUUAACAGUUGCAAAAUAAGUUUCAAGCCAAAUGUACAACCCAAACUCCGGAAAUGUUGGGAUAUUUUUUAAAUUUGAAUAAAAUGAAAACUAAAAGACUUUCAAGUCACAUGAGCCAAUAUUUUAUUCACAAUAGAACAUAGAUAACAUAACAAAUGUUUAAACUGAGAAAUUUUACAAUUUUAUACACAAAAUGAGCUCAUUUCAAUUUUGAUGCCUGCUACAGGUCUCAAAAUAGUUGGGACGGGGGCAUGUUUACCAUGGUGUAGCAUCUCCUCUUUUUUUCAAAACAGUUUGAAGACGUCUGGGCAUCGAGGUUAUGAGUUUCUGGAGUUUUGGUGUUGGAAUUUGGUCCCAUUCUUGCCUGAUAUAGGUUACCAGCUGCUGAAGAGUUUGUGGUCGUCUUUGACGUAUUUUUCAUUUAAUGAUGCGCCAAAUGUUCUCUAUAGGUGAAAGAUCUGGACUGCAGGCAGGCCAAUUCAGCACCCGGACUCUUCUACGACAAAGCCAUGCUGUUGUAAUAGCUGCAGUAUGUGGUUUUGCAUUGUCCUGCUGAAAUACACAAGGCCUUCCCUGAAAUAGACGUCGUCUGGAGGAGAGCAUAUGUUGCUCUAAAACCUUUAUAUACCUUUCAGCAUUCAUAGUGCCUUCCAAAACAUGCAAGCUGCCCAUACCGUAUGCACUUAUGCACCCCCAAACCAUCAGAGAUGCUGGCUUUUGAACUGAACGCUGAUAACACGCUGGAAGGUCUCCCUCCUCUUUAGCCCGGAGGACACGGCGUCUGUGAUUUCCAACAAGAAUGUCAAAUUUGGACUCGUCUGACCAUAGAACACUUUUCCACUUUAAAAACAGUAAAUUUUAAAUGAGCCUUGGCCCACAGGACAUGAUGGCGCUUCUGGACCAUGUUCACAUAUGGCUUCCUUUUUGCAUGAUAGAGCUUUAGUUGGCAUCUGCAGAUGGCACAGCGGAUUGUGUUUACCGACAGUGGUUUCUGGAAGUAUUCCUGGGCCCAUUUAGUAAUGUCAUCAACACAAUCAUGCCGAUGAGUGAUGCAGUGUCGUCUGAGGGCCCGGAGAUCACGGGCAUCCAAUAAAGGUCUUCGGCCUUGUCCCUUACGCACAGAGAUUUCUCCAGUUUCUCUGAAUCUUUUGAUGAUGUUAUGCACUGUAGAUGAUGAGAUUUGCAAAGCCUUUGCAAUUUGACGUUGAGGAACAUUGUUUUCCACAAUCUUUUUACGCGCUCUUUCACAGAUUGGAGAGCCUCUGCCCAUCUUCUGAGAGACUCUGCCUCUCUAAGACAUCUAAUCAUGUUACAGAUAUCAAUUAACUUAAUUAGUUGCUAGAUGUUCUCCCAGCUGAGUCUUUUUAAAAUUUCUUGCUUUUUCAGCCAUUUGUUGCCCCCGUCCCAACUAUUAUGAGAUCUGUAGCAGGCAUCAAAUUUGAAAUGAGCUCAUUUAGUGGAUAAAAGUGUAAAAUUUCUCCGUUUAAACAUUUAUGUUAUCUAUGUUCUAUUGUGAAUAUAAUAUUGGCUCAUGUGAUUUGAAAGUUUUUUUAGUUUUUUUAUUUAAAAAUUUUUUUUAAUUAAAUGAAUUUUAUUCAAAUUUAAAAAACGUCCCAACAUUUCCGGAAUUUGGGUAGUAGUACCUACUAUACAGUAUGAGAUUUUGGACAUAGCUGAUGUGUUCUAAAAUCGGUUUAAAUUAUCCAAUUAUGUUCCUACAAUGCGACUAUCCUAUGAAACCUGUCAAUUCUGACUGCAUAAAACAAGUAGACUGGUUCUGAUUUUUCAAAAAUAGUACUGAAUCUUUCAGACUAUAAAUCAGGGCAAAAAUUUGGCCAACAGUUGUGUAGUGUAUUCCAGCCUUUAAAACCUGAUAAACUGAAAUUAUGAAAUUUGAUAUAUUUAUGAAACGUGAAUAAGUGGCUAAUUCAUGUGAUCUGCUUACGCCCUACUGACGGUUAUGUUUAGGGGUGGACCUUCACGCUUACUUUUCUGCUACAAAAUCCUAUGUUUUUGAAUUAUUCACAAAUUAAUACAAAAUUGCCACCUCGUAAAAAUUUUUUCCUUUGAGAUCAGGUUGAAAUGCCUCCAUGAGCUUUUCCAAACCUUCCAGUCAGAUUUAAUUUAGGGGAAAAUUUGCUCAAUUUUAGUGCAUCGAAAAUAUCUGAAUUGUGCUUUGCCAAAACUUUUUAAUGUGGCGGCAACGACAGGCCUGGACUGCUUUCAUAAAGGCACUUUGAGCUGAUCCUCAGAGGAAAGAAAACAGCAGAUCUCAUUGCUUCCCGUCCUUUUAAGAAUCCCUCCAGAAACAGUUGCAGCAUACCGAAGGUUCCUGUCAUUGUCAGAGUUUUUUCACUCCUCCAGGUUCUUGGAAGUGUAUUGGAAUUGAAGGUAACCUCUCAGCAGCAAUCGGUGUAUUCUCAGGGCGGUGUAAGGAAAUCCGUUCUUGAGGUCUUCCCUUAGUUAACCUAACCAAAUCCACUUUGUUUGUGUAAAUCCUAUAACAGAUGAGUCUAAUCCACUUAGCUCCUGUCAAGCCUUGGCCAAAAAUACUGAGAACCAAAGUGGGAACUUGGAAGAACAAUACCUGCUAAAGCAUCAAAUGAGUCAAAAUAAAACCGUCAUGCUUUUAGCCCUAAACUCCACCGAAAUAAUCUCCUGUAAAGCACAGAUACUAGUUGAACUAACUCCUCGUUUCGACUUUCUGUAGUCAAUCAUGUUUGCAUUGACAUAAAAUUCAUACUACUUAAUAAUAUUAUGUAAUACUAUACUUGGUGGAUUGCAGCUGCAAUAAGACACUUACACACACACGUCAACAGAUUGCAAAUAGUCACCAUGACAUUUUUUCUGAGACUAGGAAAAGAAUUGAUAUAUAAAUGAAGUCGUUGUCCUGUGCUCAGGAAGCAGAUGAGUGACCCUUUAAGCCACAUGUAAGUCUGAUCAGUUCAUUAGAGCACUGAUGUAAUUACAGGAGAGGACUUAAGCCCUAACGAGCGCCCGGCCUUAAAACUCAACAAACCGUGUGCUUACAAAGGUCUACAGACUUUGUGCUGCUGUAACAAACAUUAAUACAAAUUCUUUUGAUUUUAUUUUGUAUAUAUUUUGUUUUUACAUAUGAACAAAAACAUAUAUAUAUAUAUAUAUAUAUAUAUAUAUAAAACCAAAUUGAAGAUUUAUGCAAUACACUUAUGUAGUAAUGUGCAUGUAUAUGGUUGUUAGAAUCUUUUAGCAUGCGGAACUACUAAAAUUUGUUAUGAAACCGAAUCUAAUUUCACCUCAGAAUAUCCUGUAUCUACAUUCAUAAUCAAAUACCCUAUGCAUUCUGAAACAGUCAUUGUUUUGGUUCUCAGAAUGUUUAAGCAAUAUCAUGCAAGAGUGCUAUAUUAAAUAUUAGCAUGUUUUCUAGUAUGAUAUUGCUUUUAUGCAAUAAAGUUAAAGAGAUAGUUCAGACAAAAAUGAAAAUUGACAUUUCAUCAUUUACUCACCCUUAUGUCGUUCCAGUGUGUGUACAAAAAAGAAUAUUAAUAAUAAUUUCUCAAAAUAUCUUCUUUUAUUACUAAAAAAUUGUCAUUUUGAGUGAACUAUCCUUUUAACUGAUAUUUCAUACAAGCUAUUUUGUUUACACUAUAAAAAUCACUUAAAAUAGUAACAUUUACAUUAACUGAUUUUAUUCGUGUAAAAACAAAUAAUUUGACUGAUGCAACAUGACUACAUUGUUACACACACACACACACACACACACACACACACACACACACACAAAGUGGUCUGGUAAACUUGUUAGUAUAUUUACUGUCAAAGCAAGAUCAAGCUGAGAAAUAACAAAAUAUCAGCACAAUAUCAAAAUACUGUAAAAAGUAAUGCGUUAUAUCUACUCCAUAAAAUUUUGGCAACAGAUUACAAGCAAUAUUAUUAAUAAAUUCAACAAAUAGUAUUGAGUAGAAUUAAUCAAAUUAAUUCCUUAAAUGUCAACCAUUUAAAACGAGUAAAAUUUAAUUAAAAUUUAAACAAAAACAUCUGAAUAGCAGACAGACGUCAAAGAUGAAUUAAGAACUCUUUUAUUGCCAACAUUGAAGACGCCUGAUGAUAACGAGCAGAAUCACUGAAGGAAAGAGAAACACAUGAAUUAACAGAGGUUUAGAUGUUGAUGUUGAUGUUAUUGAAAAUGUUUGGUCACCAUUAUGGUGAUCGGUGUUUCAUUUAGUUGAGUUGUUUGACUCUUUGCUUUUUAUGUCAGUUUGGGGUUUUUGUAACGGUGUUUGCUAAUUUUACACAUUUUAAAUGGUUGACUUUUAAGGAAUUAAUUUGAUUAAUUCUAAGCCAAUUCUUAUAUGUUGAAUUUAAUUAAUAAUAUUGCUUGUAAUAUGUUGCCACAAUUUUAUUGAGUAGAUAGAGCGUAUUAGUUUUUACAGUGUUGUAUAAUCCAUUGAUAUCUAAAUCUGUCACUCUGCAGUUAAUCGUAUUUGUUCUUUUACUUUCUUUGGAGUAACUGCAAACAGAGUUUAUCUGUCCAUCCAUAUGGCCUCAGUUUCUUUCCACCUGCUGCAGUGAGACAUCUUGUACACACACACACACACACACACACACACACACACACACACACACACACACACACAGCCUUUCAGCUCGAGCAUUGUUGGACCCUGUUGACCAACUGCAAUAAACAUUGAUGCAAUGCAUCUAUAUAACAAAUUAUGUAUAUUUAUUAAAGAGUAACUUAUGGUAUGUUUAUUUAUUUAGAUGUAGAAUCACUGACUUAAUGAGAACAUAUUAUUUAUUAAUUUUGUUGGUGCCAAAAAGAUCUCAUAUGUAUUAUAUUCGAUAUACAAUAUGUUUAAUAAACUGUAUCAGCUUUAAAACCAA